AUGUACGCCGCUAGACCAAUUGCCCGCUCUUCUGUCCCCAGAGCUCUUCGCUCAGCGAGAGUUCCCCGCAACACCCAGACUCGUUUCCAGUCCUCCUCCACUGGCUCAUCCACUGGUUCAUCGACUGGCAGCAACUCUCAUGUCGUUACUGGACUUGCCAGCGGUACUGCCGUUGCCGUCGUCGGCUACACCAUCUACGCCCUGAGCCCUGCUGGUCGCAUGUCCAGAAAGGUCAACAGCGCCGCCAAGGAUGCUGCUCUUUACUACAAUGAUAUGAGCAACAAGAUUCAAGCAAACACUCCUGAUGCCGACGAGGCCAUCAACUACGUCAAGGAGUUCGCCUACUCUUACGUCGCCUGGAUUCCCGGCGGUCGCAAGUACAUCGACACUGCCUUCAAGGAUCUCGAUACUCUUCGUCAGAACCACAAGGACGACGUCGACAAGAUCAUCAGAGAGACCUACAGCGACUUCCAGGACGUCUCCAAGACUGGCCUGAGCAAAGACAGCUUGAACAAGGCCAUGGAGGCUCUCAGCAACCUCUCCCAGAAGAUCGGUGCUCUGGCUGCCGAUGCCGCUCAAGACCUUAUGGACAACCACCCCCAACUCAAGGAGUCGGUUGGCCCUAGAAUUGAGCAGCUCAAGUCCAUGGGUGAUCAGUACGGCCCCGAGGUCAAGCAAGAGGUCGACAGAACCUGGGACCAGGUCAAGGAGAUCAUGGCUGGUGGUAUCAGCGCUACCAACAUCAACAAGGCUCGCAAGAUUGUCGAGGAGAAGGUCGAGCAGGUCAAGAAGCUCGGCGACCAAGCCUGGUCGAAGGGUCUCGAGCAGGCCAAGCCUUACCUUGACAAGAACCCCAAGGUCAAGGAGAUCAUUGAGAACAACGCCGAUGCUCUCAAGCAAGGCAACGCCAAGGAGCUGUUCGAGAAGGUCAAGAGCAGCAUCGAGUCUGGCAACACUGGCGAUCUCGAGGGUUACGUCAACUCAGCCGUCGACAAGGCCAAGUCCAAGGGCUCUGAGAUGAGCUCCAAGUGGGGCUUCGGUGGCAUGGAUCAGUACCUCAAGAUGAUCCCCAACGGCGGCGAGAUCUUGCCCAAGCUCCAACAACUCAGAGAGGUUGCUGAGAAGCACAAGUCUGAGGGCGAGAAGCUCCUGAAGGAGACCAUGGAGGAGCUCCAGAAGGUUCUCGAGAAGCAGUCCAACAAGGCCCAAGAUAUUGUCGAGAAGGCCAAGAAGGAUGCUAAGUAA